GAACAACCAGAAGCAGCUGGUAAAGGAGAAACAAUUCCAGGGUUUUCAUCGUUUCAUCAUUAGUUAUCCACGGCGAGUUCGAGGUGAGCCAAUUCGAUUAUUGAAGGUGCAAUGAUACGUUUCCAUCUCAUUUAUCUCUAUUGGUCAAAUACAGAUAGACAGUAAUGUGGAAAGGCGUGUUGUAAUUUUUCUUGAAGUUGAACUUGGUUGUGUGUACAAUGGAGAUGGACUGGACUGAAUCGAGGCUGGAGCAGUAUGAUGACAGUAGGGAUCAAAAGGGCUCUGCUAGAGGGGACUACAAAAAUGAUGAACUGAUUGACGGUUUUGAAGGAGAUGAUGGGGAGAAACCAAGGGAAUCAAGCAAGCACCGGAGCAAGGACAAGAAGAAGAGUCAGAAAGAAGAAAAGGAUCAUGGAAGUAGAGAUCGAGAACGUUCGAAGACCAGUGAUGUUUCAAAGGAGAGGGGUAAAUAGGCUAAAGAUUCAGAAAAAGACCAGGUUUCAAGUAGAGAGAGGAGAAAGGAAGAUAGAGAGGACCGUGAGAAGGAUAGGCACAAGAAUAAGGUGAAGGAGAAAGAUAUAACAUUGAUAAGUACAAAGUCAAGGACCGUGAAAAGGAUAAAAAUAGGAAAGAUAAAGACCAUGAGAGGGAGAGGGAGAUGGAGACAGAACAUGAUCGAGGUAGAGAGAAGGAGAAGGGAAAGGAGAAGGACAAGGACAGGGACAGGGAAAGAGAUAAGGAACGGGAUAGGGCAAAGGAUAGGGAUAGAGACAAGGAAAGAGAUAAACAUAAAGACCGAGAGAGGGAAAGGGAAAAGGAAAAAGAACGUGAUAAACAUGAUAGAGAUAAGGUAAAAGACAAGAAUAGGGAGAAGGAUCAAAACAAAGACAGGUCUAAAGAUAAAGGAGACAAAAUGAACGAAAAAAUUCGUGAUGAAGGUCAAAGUAGGGUUAAAGAUGGUGUAAAAGAUGAGAAAUUUAAAAUAAAUGGUGUGAAUAGGGAUGUUAUUAUGCAAGGGAAGGAAAUUGAGCAUGAAGAUAUCAGUGGCAUGGUGCAUAAACAAAAGACCGAGGGGGCUUCAGGCCCAUCGACAUCAGAGCUUGAGGAGCAGAUACUGAAAAUGCAGGAAGAAAGAUCAAAGAAAAAGUCUGAAGGUGCUUCAGAGGUUUUAUCCUGGAUUAAUAAGAGCCGUAAGCUGGAGGAGAAAAGGAAUACUGAAAAAGAGAAAGCAUUGCAUCUCUCCAAAGUUUUCGAAGAGCAGGACAAUAUCGAUCAAGGGGAAAGCGACGAUGAGGAUGCAGUUCGGCACACUGCCAGUAUUGUCCCUCACCUUUUUUUUUCCUUUUAGGCUGUUAAAAUUUUUUCCCAUAUUCUUUUUGCGCUGUUAUGUGCACCCUGUAGUC